AUGAAGAGCAUGCGAGGGUUGUUGCACACAACAAGUGUCGAAACUACAAAUGAACAAAAAACUACAUUCGCUACGACUUCUGUUGCUGGACACAAAAGAAGUCUAUCAACUACUGGAGAAGAACAUCACUUCAGGGCUGCUACCUCUCGGGCAACUGUUCAGUUUCAGCGAGCCGUCAGUCUCCCCUCUGCCCCUCCUAGAAUUUCUGCGAGUCGGAUUGUUCGUCUCGAUGAGCGAGUCGGACCCUCUGAGUAUUCUCAGCGGAGAGCUAUUGCUGCGACUCCUACAUCGUCUUGUGAUCCUGAACUCGAGUUAAGCCAUCCUACAUAUGAUCUUCCUCAACAGCUGGUUGAUAAUUUUGCUUCACUUGGCAUUAAACAAAUAUAUCCGUGGCAAAAAUCUUGCCUUAAAGGCCCUGGGCUUCUGACAGGAGAAAAGAAUCUUGUCUAUUGUGCACCGACUGGUGGUGGCAAAUCUCUUGUGGCUGAUGUGCUCAUGCUGAAAAGAAUUCUGGAAAAAAAGGGAACUAAAGCCCUCCUUGUGUUACCAUAUGUUGCUUUGGUUCAAGAGAAAGUUCGUUGGCUUCGUAGUGUGGUACAAGGCUUACGCUUCGCCUCUGAAACAACGGUCGAUGACGACAAGCGCAUCUGGCGUAGACGAGCUGAUGAAAACACAGUCCGUGUCGUUGGUUUCUUUGGGGGUGGAAAAGUUCGAGCAACUUGGGCUGAUUUUGAUAUUGGCGUAUGCACGUUAGAGAAGGCAAACGCACUCGUGAAUACGGCCAUUGACGACUGUUCGAUCUCCAAGCUUCGUGCGGUUGUGCUUGAUGAGUUACACAUGGUUGAUGAUGAUCAUCGAGGCUAUUUGUUAGAACUCGUGGCGACCAAAUUGCUCAGCCUGGAGCAGCGUGUACAAAUCGUGGGCAUGAGUGCCACUCUCUCGAACAUGGACAUGAUGGCUCAAUGGCUUGAUGGGCAUUGUUACGAAACUCGGUAUCGACCGGUUCCUAUCGAAGAACAUCUCGUGUAUGACGGCAACAUUUAUCCCGCAGGUUCUACAAGCAGUCUCAUCAAAACAGCUGCACAGCUAAAUAGUCGGUCUACACAAACACAGGCACAGAUGAGACCCAUCCGACGAAUUGAACCAUCCACCCACAAGGAGCUUCGCGACCCAGUAUUAAAUGCAGUAGUGACACUUGCUCACGAGACCGCUGUUGCUGGUUUCGGAGCCCUUGUCUUUGCUGGGAGUCGUGGCAUGUGCGAGUCUGACGCCCGGUGGAUUAGUCGGGCUAUGCCCCAGCCACAUGAGCUCAAGCCUGACGUUGUUGACAGGAGGAUGGACUUGCUGGGAGAGCUUCGCAGUCUUAACACUGGAGUUGAUCCGGUAUUGGAAGAGACAGUCCUUUAUGGUGUUGCAUUUCAUCUCAAACAUGCUGGCUUGACGACUGAAGAGAGAGAUCUCAUAGUGGCAGCUUACGAUUCUGGAACAUUAUUAGUAUGCGUCGCGACCUGCAGUCUGGCUGCUGGUAUCAACCUGCCAGCAAGACGGGUGAUUUUACACAACUGCCGAAUGGGGCGCGAAUUUGUUGGACCAUCUAUGCUCAGGCAAAUGCGAGGGCGGGCUGGAAGACAAGGAAAGGCACCUAUCGGCGAGACAUAUCUCUGCUGCCGAGAAAAUGACCUCGAGCAAGUUAUAGAGCUCAUGAAUGCCGAGCUGCCAGCUGUCGCCAGCUGUCUCAACACUGAGAAUCGACGUAUACAACGCGCACUGCUGGAAGUCAUAUCUAUACGCUUAGCUACGAGUCAUGAGUCCAUUUUGGACUACUUCUCGAAGUCUCUGUUGAGCCAUACUCACAGUGCCAGGUUUGUCAACGAUUGUAUCACCUCAAGCUUGGAAGAGAUAGAAUCAAUGGGUUUUGUGACCUCCGAUUCUUUGUCUAUGUUCACGGCGACACAACUAGGUAGGGCAAUUGUGGCAUCAGCUAUUGAUCCUGACGAUGGUGUAUUUGUCCAUAACGAACUUGGCCGGGCACUCCAAGCAUUUGUCAUGGAUGGUGAGAUGCACGUCUUAUACACGUUCACGCCAGUCCAAGAAUUUGGGGUUAUGGUGAACUGGCAGGUCUUCCGGAAUGAAAUGGAGGGUCUGGACGAGAGUGGUUUACGGGUACUGAGGCUUCUGGGCAUCAAACCUACCACGAUACUCAAACUUGCUCAAGGUGCCACGCUCCGUGAAACUACGCCAGAGGAGAGGCAGGUUGCUCGAGUGCAUCGACGCUUUUAUCUCGCUCUCCAGCUGCGGGAUCUGUGUAACGAGAUUCCUAUACACAUAGUGGCACGUAAAUACGACGUGCCUCGUGGAAUGGUUCAGAAUCUUUCCCAAACUUGUCAAGGCUUCGCUGCAGGAAUGAUUAAGUUCUGUGAACAGAUGGGCUGGGGAGUAAUGGCCGCAGCUCUUGAACACUUUUCAGACAGGCUCGUGGCCGGUGCAAGAGCUGACCUAUUGGCCUUGGCAAAAAUUCCCUUCAUCAAGAGCCGAACAGCGCGAGUAUUCUGGGAGAACGGUUUUCGUACUGUGGCAACGAUCGCGAACGCAGAUCCUGCAGAGCUACUUCCUGUGUUGAUGCAGGCUCAACCAAACAAGAUUCGUCUGAAAGGUAAGGACAAUGAGAAAUACGAAGAGAAACUUCUCGUCAAGGCCAAAGUCAUAUCAGAUGCUGCAAGCAAGAUUUGGAGUGAGCCUGAGGCGGCAAACGGGUCGGACUUUGGAUGUGAAUGCAGGCGUGUGAUAGAUGGCUGCAUGCAGCGUGUCGGGUGGGCUGGGGUUCAGCGCCUGAAGGAGGCAUGUGCCUCCCAAGUCGGCGUAAAUACCAGCAAAACAUUGAGCACGAACACGAAAUGUAAGGAUGAUGACUUUGUUAUGGCGGAAAAUGCGGAAAAUGCAGAACUUGCGGGCUCAACCGUUACAGUGCACACCUUGGCCGAUGCUAUGGGCGUUCCUCAGCCCCAGGUUAUCGUGAUAGACAGAGACUACCAGGAAGAGAAAGGGGAAAAUCUCCCUAGCACAACGGAAGACCUCUGGGUCAGUUCAGCAGAUGACAGAUAUUGUUCUGCGCCUGUACCAAUACGAGUUGGUCCUUUGAACAACAUGCAAACUUUCUACGUUCACAGAGAUAUACUUAUUCAGGCAGAGUGGUUUCAAAAAGCCCUAUGUGGAAACUUCAGAGAAGCAACUGAGCAAGGAAAGGGUAUUGAAGUUGACCCGGAGCCAGCAGAAGCUUCGGACUCAAGUUCGUCAAGUAGCAGUACCAGUUCUGGGAGCUCAGGUACUUCGUGGAGACGCCGGCGUCGAGCUCGACAAACGAGACUUGCUGAAGCGGAAGAAAACCAGGAGAAGCAUCCGGGACAUCAUCGACCGGGCUGCCCGUGUCCUCGAUGCCUCGCAAGACGCGACUUUUCGAGGUGCUGGCAAUGCGGGGCUCAGCGAUCUCGCGAAGGCAAUGCUCCUGUACCUUUGCCUUAUGGCCGAGGAGCUCCCAGAAGAGGGAUGCAUCCUCCAGGUGUCUUCCCUCCCCCUGUCAGCAUUCCGAUGCCUCCUCAUCAGAGCCAACCGGAGCGUAUCACAGGAGAAGAUCUACGGACAUGGUUCCUAGCGUAUGAGCUCAACCUCGACGUUUAUAUUUGCGCGACACGUUAUCUUAUGGACGACUUUCGGAAGGCAGUGAUGCGGUCAUGUGUUGAUAUGCUCGAAACAGCAGGCUGGGAUGCUGCACAACCAAAGAUGAUGCAUCUUUGCAGAAAACUUUAUCUCAGCGUGCCGGAGGUUGACGACUUGCUCAAGAUGGUCAUGGCACGUGUUGGGUUCCUUCAGCCGCUUCUCUGGAAGCGCGCGCCUGUAGAGACAAAUGAGUUCUUGGUGAGUAACCCAGAGCUGGCUGCUACUAUUCUGAGAGAGACGGUCAUGAGGCAUUCGCAGCCGACGGCGGAUUUGCCAUCAAUGGAGCAUAUUCGUACCACGGCUUAUGAAGACGAGUGGCAUAAUUUGGGUCGUACAUCUGCACGAACACGGGCCUAUCACUAG